AUGGAGACUUCUGAGCAACAUGUUGAACAACAAGUUGGUUCACCUUUGAAGGAUGUUCGUCCAAAACGCAAAUCAAAACCAAAGAGACACCCAACUUUUUCUGGUACUGAAAGCCGACUUGACUUUUUGAUUAAUAAAAAAAUGCAAGCAAUCGAGAAAACCUACGAAAUCGAGGACGAUGAAUAUGAUAUAAACGAUGAACAAGGAAUUAAGCUGUUGGAAUACCGAGAUAAACUCCUUUCGAAAGCUUUUGAUAUGGAAUGUGAACAAAGAAAUUAUGCGGAGUUUGAGGAUGCUGAAGUUGCUUCAAUAGUUGAAUGUGUUUCAAGUUCACCCAAUCCAAUUUUUAUUUAUGACACCGAUUUGGAACCUUUGGAUCAAAUGCUGACUACAUUCAUUAAUACUCCUGGCGGUUUAUUGUCAGAUUAUUUGUAG